AUGCGCAUCUCAUCUGUUGUUCUUAUAUCUGUCGCAAUGAUGCUGGCCGUCAUCGGAGCUACUGCCUCCCCAAUCGCCGAGGCCACCGUUGAUAAUGUCCGGCGUGAGGUACCGAGAGAACCAGGAAGAGGAGGAUAUAACAGGGAUGUGAGGGAUCCAGGAAGGGGAGGAUAUAACAGGGAUGUGAGGGAUCCAGGAAGGGGAGGAUAUAACAGGGAUGUGAGGGACCCAGGAAGGGGAGGGUAUAAUAGGGAGGAGAGGGAUCCAGGAAGAGGAGGAUAUAAUUGA